GGGAUUUGGGGAUAAAGCGCGGCCCCGCGAGCAGUUGCGGCGGGAGAGCAGCGGGGCCCAGAGCGUGACUCGUCCGCUCCUCGCUGCGCUUCCGCCGCCCAUCGCCAGCUGCCGUCGCCGCCAUCACCAUGUCCGAGGAGAAGCCCAAGGAGGGUGUGAAGACGGAGAAUGACCACAUCAACCUGAAGGUGGCCGGGCAGGAUGGCUCGGUGGUGCAGUUCAAGAUCAAGAGGCACACCCCACUGAGCAAGCUGAUGAAGGCCUACUGCGAGAGGCAGGGCUUGUCAAUGAGACAGAUCAGAUUCAGGUUUGAUGGGCAACCCAUUAAUGAAACAGAUACUCCAGCACAGCUGGAGAUGGAGGACGAGGACACCAUCGACGUGUUUCAGCAACAGACGGGAGGUGCGGCCUCCAGAGGGACCGUUGUGCACCCUGCGUUUGCUGUGGAGUGGUGAGCACACGGCCAAGCUGAUCACCGGAGUCUGGGAGCCGAGGACAGUCACCACCCAACCCACCUCUGUCGGGUGCACCUCCAGUGCAAUGCAGAACUGCAUCUAGAGAAGCGUCUACAGCUUAAAUUGGGCCAGAUUGGUUUUGAUUAGAUAAAAUGAGUUGUGAGGUUUUUUGUUUUCAUUUUUGUUUUUUUCUCCCCUCCCAAAACAUUUUUUUACAAGAGUUGUGGCCGAGUGUUGGCUCCAUCUGUGGCCAGCUUGUCACCCCAGAGUUGAGACUGCUCCUGAGCGGCCUGUCGUAAGCAUAUAGACAGUGCAUAUUCUCCCAGGGAGUGUGGCCGUGGGACCACGGGCAGAAUUUCACUCACUUUUUGCUGUAGGCACAGGUACUGCGAUUGCAACUUGAGGCUUUGUCAAGCAUUAUGGUAAAGUGGAAGGGAAAAACUGGCCCGCUUCUUGAAAGGUCAUGAACACAUGGCAGGUCAUUCAGUGCUGUGGCCCUGCUCUCUGCUCCUGAUGCGUCCCCUGGGGCCUGAAGCUCUGGAUGCCGUCCCUCUGCCCAGUACCUGGUGAAGGUGCAUGGGCAAAGAUUGGCGCAACAAAAACCAGCUUUUUCCCUUUUCGUAAGAAUAAAGUAGCUACCACAUUUCUCACUUGGCAAUUGUAUUGUGGCCUCAGACGUCUAGUACUCACCUUGAUGAAUAGUUAUGGUCUUCAUAUAAAAAAGAUGAAGUUUCCUGAAUUUUCAGUUCCAUUACUGUGUAAGAGCUACUUCAAAAUGUGGUUGCAAAAGAAGCCCUUGGAAAGGUGACUUUGUGUUCUUCUCAUGGAUUUGUGCUCCACUGCUUUCCAAGUAUGUAUUGUUGUCGUGCAUUAGUACGGUGACCCCAGUUCUGUGACAUGUUUUGGGCUCUGCCAGUUACAUCGUUCAUAGCUCUGCCUGUUGUCCUCCUCUGAAGACCCACUGCUGCGUGGCAGCCAUGCUCUGACGCUCAGUCACCUGAGAAGGGCCUGCCAUCUGUUGCUUGCUUAGAAUCCUGCAAAAAUGUUCCUUGUUUUGCUGUAUGGGCUUGGGGUGGGGUGUUUGUUGGCUCUGUUGUGGUUAUUCACCAAUUUGUACAUUAUUUGCUGUCCUUUACUACUGUAAACAGUAAAUAUAGUUUGGUAUUCUGUC